AUGACGAAUGGAAAAAACUUCACGGAAGAUUUCAUGGAGUCAUUUUCGACAGAUGAAAGUAAUCCUAAAGCACCAAGGGAAAAUUUGGCCUGGCAACAACAAAAUUCGGUGGCUGAAUAUAAUAAAAAUGUAUUCAAUGAUCUUCUUACCGAAAAUAAGACAAGACCCGUCAGAGUGCAACGUGUGAAUGUGGUAGGGUGUGGAAAAAACUUUAGAGACUCGUUUUUGCAACGACAACUUGAACCACUAUUGAAUCAUAAUGAACACUUGACGAUGCAGGAUUUUCUUAAAAAUGUUGAUCUUACCACCACAAACUUUACAAAGACAAACACCAUUCGAAACAUUGGUCUUUCAAUUGCUAUGCCUCAAACAAAAUCCCCAUUCACCUCCUCAGAUACGCUUGAAAUUAUCCCAACAUUGAAUGUAUUACCGGUGAAACGAUUUUUUAUGAAGGUGGGAACAGAUGUUGGAAACGGUGAAGGUGAUGGGUAUCUUGCUCUUCAAUGGAAAAAUAUAUUUGGAGGAGGAGAAUUCAUUUCUUUCGAUACAAGCAUGUCCUCAAAUCGAAUAGGCGCAAAAAACAGAUCGCAGAAUUUAGUCAGCUUUAGCAUGCCGAUCAACAACAGCCCAAACUUGAAAUGGACUACUAUUGGUUACCAAUCUUCCAGAUUAAUCGAUUAUACAACGUAUCACGAGGAAUUUGCGCUGGGAGUGACAAAUAGAUUAAGUACAAAUUACUAUCCUGCUGAAAAGAAAUUGAACCACGAAUUGUCAUUUGAAAAUUUGUUGAGAGGAAUAAACAUGGCCUACUCCCCAAAUAACUAUAGGGGUAACUCGUUGAUAAACGACUUCUUUCUUUUGAAUGCUGGUCAUUCUCUCAAAUCAAGUCUCACAUACUCUGUACAGUACGACUCUAGAAAUUCUCCCACUGUUCCGCAUCAGGGCCAAUACGUGAAGGUCUCGAGUGAAUUUUCACUCUUGCCGGGUAAUAGAUACAUAAAAUCGUGCCUUGACACGAUGUCGGCCUAUCCAAUCAGUAACACUGCCUCUGUCAAUCUUAGUUUAAAGUCUGGCAUCAUUAACAAAUUCAAUAUUAACCCAGUCAAUCCCCUGGACAAAUUUCAUCUUGGUGGUCCAAAUGACGUCAGAGGCUUCAUGCUAUCUGGAAUGGGCCCAAAGCAAAUGGGUAUGUCAAUAGGUGGAGAUGCUUUUUUUGCUGCAGGUGCAAGUCUUAUCAAUAAGAUUCCGUAUGCUCCAAACGAUUCCAACUUCAAAAUGCACUCGUUUGUUAAUGUGGGAAAGCUCAUUAACAUUUCGAAGAAGACACACGUUGCUAAGGAGUUAACUACGAAUGUUGAUAUGAGCAUUGGUCUUGGUAUAGUAUAUGCUCAUCCUGCAGCAAGACUAGAGCUUAAUUACGUUCUUCCGAUGUGGCACAUCAAGGUGAAGAUGUUAGAACUGGUUUACAGUGGGGAAUCGGACUUUCUUUCCUAUAAAUAUUUCCAUCGUUUUAAUGAAUAUGCAUGUAUGACUGAAAAAUAG